AUGCCAUCGAAGUUUCAACGAAGAAAUAUGCCACAAGCUCUUGAUGCUCUAAGCAAACCCCUUGCAUAUAACUGUGAGAGCCAUCACAAACAAAUCUUUAAAGAUGAUAACCCCCUUUCGCCCACGCCAUUGAAAGAGAUACCACUACCCUUACCAUCAAAAUAUAUACCCGGUCGCAAACUCACCCUUUCUCAAGCAACUCACCUCCUGAAUUCUUAUAUUCCCAAACUUCCAUUCUUUCCCUUCGUCACACUCCCCGCCAACCCCACAAUUCCAACCCUAUCUCAACAAUCCCCUUUCCUUCUUUUGGCCAUCCUCACCACGGCUGCCAUCCCGCAUCCUUACCUCCACCACCAACUUGACCAGGAAUUCCGUCGUGUUUUAAGUCUCAAACUAAUUGUUAAUUCGCAAAAAUCACUCGACUAUCUUCUAGGUCUUCUUGUGUAUAUAGCUUGGUAUCCCAUGCAUACCAAACCGAAAUCCAAUCCAUGCUUUACAUACAUGAACCUUGCCAAUUCGUUAGCGGUGGACUUAGGACUCGACAAAGCGGAGCCUCAAACAAAUAUUUUCGGGGAGUUCGAUUUGAAGGGACUUGUGCGUAGCGAUGGUCGCUGGACGACGGAGGCCAAGAGAGCCUACAUGGGAUGUUAUGUUUUAUGCUCUCAGCUCGCUAUAGGGUUCAGUAAGCCACAAACCAUGUCCUACGAGAAUCUUUUACCUAGCAAUCCUGAUUCCUUCAUUCCAUCUCAUACAAGUACACCAGCGACAGCCAUGGUAAUACUUGAGCGUAUCUCUGAUCGUACCAACGACGCCUGGACCCUGAAGAACUAUCCGCAAAUGGAUGCAUUUAGCACUGAACUAUAUGUUCAAUUGUUUACCGCUGAACUGGAUACUUGGAAACGGAAUGUACCAGAAUAUAUCACUGCUUCACUGCAAUCUCUCGUCGCACUCGUACGACUCACAUUCGUCAUCGCACACGUGGAGAACUGGUCAGCCGAAACUACACGUGAGAGAAUCGGCCUAAGUAUGUAUUUAGAAGCACUAUGUUUCAGACUCCGAGGUCUCUCAUCAACUUUCCAAUCAUCGUCUAAUAAAGCAGACCUCGAGUCUAGCGAAAGCGAGACGAUAGAUAUUAGUAGUAAUAAGGGACAAAAAGAACAUUUUGAUAAAUACUUCGUCUUGAAUAGUAUGUUAAGUACGCUUAAGAAAACAUGGGAACAGCGCGUCGAGGCUAUUGUUCCGAAAGCUUCGACUCUCUCGAGGGGAAAAUGUCCGGUGUUUCAUCCGGAGGUGGCGCCGUUGUUGGGAAAUACAAAUUUGGAUUUUGAUUUUGAGGAUAUGCAUGCGUGGGAUGAGGGGUUAGGUGCGGGGACGAUGGGAUGGGAUGUUGGGGUUGGGGUUGGGGAAGCUGGGUCGUCUGGUGAUAAUGUGCCAUAUACGGGUGAAAGUUUUAAAAAAUCGGGACAGGGACAGGAACAAGUGGGUUUACAGGGGGUUAGUAGUGAAGGUGAAGGAGGAAUGGGAAUGGGAAUGGGAAUUUCAGGGAUACGUCAACAGGAAGGUACAGAGACGAUGAAUCAUGAUCUAUGGGACACAAUGACAUGUUCGUGGGCAGAACAAUCUUCUACAUGGCCGAUAGCGAUAAGUCAGGGAAAUUCUAACAUGGCUGGUAAUGAAGAAGUAUUUAGAUAUCAAGGUGGGGAGCAGUAG